GGGAAAACACGGGCAGAGCGCGAGAGGACGAGAGGGGAAACGGGAAAGGGAAGGGGGGGACCUGCAGGGUCCACGGUUCUAUAUGGGUUGCGCUCUGGGUACGGACUGUUUCGGGGACGAGCCCGAGCCAGAACCAGAACCGAUCAGAGGCACUCUGAGGAGGGAGAGGACAGACAGCAGGAGCAACAUGAGGCUCACCAAGGCGGUGAAGGGAGAGCCCCAUGUCUUCAAGGAAAAGACCUUCAAGAAGAAGCGUCAAUGCGGAGUAUGUAAGCAGAGCAUAGAGAGCCUGGGUUCCUUCUGUCGAGUCUGCAAAACAGCCACGCAUAAGAAAUGUGAAAGCAAGGUGAACUCAGCCUGCGUCCCGGCCCAGCCCUCCGACCUGCAGCGCAGAGGAACCACCUCCUCUAGACACAUUCAACAUCUGGGCUCUACCAAGUCUCUGACGUACACCAAGCAGAGGAGCACUCUACCCAGGAGUUUCAGUGUGGACCGGGUGAUGGACAGAGUGAUGGAGCGGCAGUAUGACUUUGACCUCACCUACAUCACCGAGCGCAUCAUCUCCGUCUUCUUCCCCCCUCUGCUGGAGGAGCAGCGCUAUCGCCUCAACCUCAAAGAAGUGGCCUCCAUGCUCAAGUCCAAACACCAGGACAAGUUUCUGUUGUUCAACCUAUCAGAAAAACGUCUGGACAUCACACGGCUUAACCCAAAGGUCCAUGAUUUUGGCUGGCCGGACCUGCACGCCCCCCCACUGGACAAGAUCUGUGCCAUGUGUAAAGCCAUGGAGACCUGGCUGAACUCCGACCCCCAGCAUGUGGUGGUCCUGCACUGCAAGGGCAAUAAAGGAAAGACGGGAGUCAUCAUCGCAGCCUACAUGCACUACAGCAAGAUAUCAGCAGGAGCAGAUCAGGCCCUCAGCACUCUGGCUAUGAGGAAGUUCUGUGAGGAUAAAGUGUCAUCCUCUCUCCAGCCCUCACAGAACAGGUAUAUAUAUUACUUUGGUGGGCUUCUGUCAGGAGCCAUAAAGAUGAACAGCAGCCCCCUCUUUCUCCAUCAGGUUCUAAUACCCUCCAUCCCCAAGUUUCAGACUGACGGAGGUUAUUUCCCCUUCCUCAAGAUAUACCAGUCCAUGCAGCUUGUCUACACCUCAGGCAUAUAUGAUUUGCAGGGCUCAGCAGGCAGGAAGCUGUGUGUAACCAUAGAGCCAGCGCUACUGCUGAAAGGUGACAUCAUGGUGAAGUGCUAUCACAGACGUGUCCAGGCUGCUGAGAGGGAUACUGUGUUUCGGGUGCAGUUCCACACCUGCACCAUCCACGGAGUUCAGCUGUGGUUCGGGAAAGGAGAGCUUGAUGAGGCUUGUUCAGAUGACAGAUUUCCUCCCGAUGCCACAGUGGAGUUCGUCUUCUCCUCCGGACCAGAGAAAAUCAAAGGUCGAGAAUACCAGCGGAAUGAUCCAGCCGUCACAGUGGACUAUAACACCACUGAUCCGGUGGUGCGCUGGGACUCUUAUGAGAACUUUAACCAAAGACACCAGGACAGCCUGGAAGAUGUCGCACACACCCGAGGGCCUGUGGACGGCAGCCUGUAUGCUCAGGUGAAGAAGCGUCGCGCAGCUGGCUCCUCUUCCCUCCCCACAACCAAUGGCAGCCCAGGGCAGAGCUCUGACGAGAGGCCCAGUCAGCUCCUGUCGGUCAGCACUGACUCUGGCCACUCUUCGGUCUGCCCUGAGCGACUGGACGACCCGCCCCGACCUCCGCCGCCCACUCAGCAGGAGCGAGAGGAGCUGGAUCGUCUGCUGGGAGGCAUCGAGGGCGAGAGGGGCGUGAGUGAUCGCGAGAGAGAGACGGCCAUCUUGGAUGACGGCGACUCCUUGCCUCCUGAGCGAACCGGAUCUCUGCAUUUAGCUCGUUCCUGUUCCUGUCGGGUGGGCUACCGAUCGCAGCGCUGCACUGAGCCUGGCUGUGACCGCCUCCACCACUUGCCCAAUGGAUACUGCCUGGACCGGUCCACUGCUGCAACCAACGGUCACGCAACCAAUCCUGCCACCAUGCCGCCGCCAAUGCUGGGGAUGUGCCAGCACCAUAGUGCCCACCCGCAUCAAUCUCUACCACCUCCAGACCUGCUGUGGGACCGGCAGCAAGGGCCUCAGCACUACCUGCACCGGACGUGCUCCGAGAGUGCCUCUAGGCACCUGUGUCCGUAUCCGUCCCAAGACCUCGGCCCUCACCCUCACAGUCUCUCGACCGGCGGUCGACUGCUGUGCAGAGCAGACGAGUACAUCCCUUAUCCCCAGCCUCCCCACCACAACCAUAACCACAGUCAUCCUCACCACCCCAAACCGGCCGGCUCAUACCACGACGUGAUGCUGAUGGACAGCUUGCCCCCUCCCGGCUGCCCGUGUCGUGACUGCUGCAUAAGACGCGAAGAAUUCCAUACCUUACGGCUAGACCGAGGGGAGGGGCUUCACUGGGAGAGGGAGGAGCUUCCCCGAGAAGCCGGCUUAAGGCGUGGCAGGGAGUCUGACAUUCCGCGAGGGGCAGAGCUGCACUGGGAGACGGGGUUAAGGCGAGGUCGAGAGGCAUCCCUCCACUGGGACAGGGACAGAGAGGCGGAGCUUCAGUGGGAGAGGGAGCGAGAGGCGGAGUAUUGGCACAGGAGAGCCACGGUGUCAUCCUACGGUCCCCCAGGUCACGACGUGCCCGCCUUCGCCUUCGACCCGCUACCAUCUGGCCACCCGGCGUACCCCGAGCCCUCCAGGUCGCACUCUCACGCCCACUUGGACAUAAAAUACAGCAGCAGCUCCAGCGGCUACCAGACGCCCCACCAAACCUGCCCCUGUUCCCCCUACCAGCCCUCGCCCUCAGAGAGCCGAGGAUACGCCUCGGGAUACCAGUCUGACUCCACCUCCCCUCUGCCAUCAAACUACUCGUCCUGCUACAGCCCGGCACACCACGCCACCACCCAACCUGGCGGCCAUACAGAGCCCCAUCCACAGCACUACCCCUCCAGCACACACCCAGAUGGCCCCGGAGUUCCGGAGAACGUGGGUUGGCGGGACCAUAUUACCCAUGGUUCUUUGAGACGACUGCAUCGCGAUGCCCAUGGCGCAUGUUCCACGCCCUCCGAUAUGUCUGGGCCUCCCACUCCAGUCCACACCAGUAGCCCUGUGUGCACACAAGAGAGUCCUAACCUGAACGUCCAGGAGCAAGAGGCCCGAUCUUCAGAGGUCAGCACUGAAAGCACCACCCCCCUCGCCCAGGAAAGACCGUACCCAGCUCCCCAACAGCCUCCCAAAUCUGCUCAAGAACCUCAAGGACAGAGCGCACCCUCAGAACAUCCUGCCUGCUGUGGAUCGAAUCCUCAGACACACUGCUCUCCUUCUCGGCAGCUCUCCAUACACUCCGCCCCAGUCUCCCCAACAGCCAGCUCCCACCACCAGCAGAUCCCUGCGAACUCCGUCCACUCUGCCCCGGCCUCCCCUACCAAAGGCAGCCACCAGCAGAGCACCACUCAUCCUAGUGCUGCUCCAGCCCUUCCAGUUGAAGAAGCAAGUCCAGCAGCUCCAAAACCAGUCCAAACGGAGCAACAGACUCUUACCCAGGCAGCACCGUAUUCCAUGUCUCCAAAUACUCCACAGUGUGUUCCCUCAAUCCCAUCUGAGUCUGUUCCACACCGUCUGCAAAACAACGGAGUGACACUGCCUCCUGAACCAGAGACCCCCAGACUGGCUUCCUCUGGACCUUCCUCUCCUCAUCCUAUGGGCAGCCAGGAGAUCCCUUCCUCCCCUGAACCUCCAGUGCCCGGUUUUGCCACCCUGAGCAGAAAGCUGAUGCUGGGCACAGAGCCCUCCCCUCCAGUAGGGCACAUGCAGCCGUGUCCCAGCACAGACAGCAGUUCUGAAGGUCACUCUACGCCCACUUUCCCCGUUCCAUCAGGAUGCUAUCCCUCCGGAGUCUCCCCAGGUGCCUACUCACCCAGCUCCAUGACCCAGCCUCCUCUUCCAGAGAAACGCCGCCAGGGCACCCUGCCAGGCUCUCCCAAUGGCAGAUCGAGCACUCUGAGGGCUUCUAUGAGUCACUCGCCGCCUGGCCAGCAUCACGUUACUUUCUCUCCUUCAGUUGGAGAGGUGGCAGUGCCCGGUGAGCAGGGGGAGGGGCUCGCGCAGGGUGAGGCGGGAAACCAGGUCAGCGUCAAGUUCGUGCAGGACAGCUCCCGUUUCUGGUACAAGCCUGGAAUAUCCCGAGAGCAAGCCAUCGUUGCCCUGAAGGAAAAAGAGCCCGGCGCAUUCCUCAUCCGGGACAGCAACUCCUUCCAGGGGGCUUACGGUCUGGCCCUCAAAGUGGCCACGCCUCCCCCCAAUGCAAACAACCACAGCGGCAAAGGUGGAGACCCUCAGGAGCAGCUGGUCAGACAUUUCUUGAUCGAGACCGGCCCACGAGGAGUGAAGAUCAAAGGCUGCCAGAAUGAACCCCACUUUGGGAGCCUGUCUGCUCUGGUGUAUCAGCAUUCCAUCACUCCAAUCUCCCUGCCCUGUGCACUCCGCCUCCCAGACAAAGACCCUACAGGAGAAAUGCAGGAAGUGCAGGUUGCCAGCAACAUGAGCACUGCAGCAGACCUACUCAAACAGGGAGCAGCGUGUAAUGUGCUGUACCUGAACUCAGUGGAGACGGAGUCUCUGACCGGACCGCAGGCUAUAGCUAAAGCUGUGGGAGCCACUGUGGUCCGCAGCCCCCGACCCUCAGCUACUGUCGUCCACUUCAAAGUGUCUGCACAGGGCAUCACACUGACCGACAGCCAGCGCAGGGUGUUCUUCAGAAGGCACUACCCCAUUAACAGUGUGACAUUCAGCAGUCUGGACCCGCAGGACAGAAGGUGGACUAAUUCAGACAACACAACAUCUAAAGUGUUCGGGUUCGUUGCUAAGAAGCCGGGCAGCGUGGCGGAGAACGUGUGUCACCUGUUUGCUGAGCUGGACCCCGAGCAGCCCGCCACCGCCAUCGUCAACUUCAUCAACAAGGUGAUGCUGGGGCCGCAGAGACGGUAGAGACUCUGGAGGAGGAGGAAGAGGAGGAAGAGCAAGAGGAAGAACUUCAAACUUCUUCACAAAUCAAGAGACUUGGACUUUUCUCCACAGCAGCAGAAGCUUCUGUCCAAAAGCACUGCAGGCCUGGAGUAGAAGAUAGACGAUAGAUAGAUCCCAGAACAGAAACAUAAAGGGUUUAACAGCUUAGAAGAUUCCAAAGUGCUGAUAUUACUAAGUAUCUGCAGUUUGUUUUGUGAGGGAAGAGAUUCAGUUAAUACCAAAACCAAAGAAAAGACCAAAGAACGAAAGAAACAAAGUGAAAGCUGUUCUGUUUUCAAUGGUUCCUCUUUUUUUUUCUACAAUUUUUUUUCCCAUUUUCUCCCCAAUUUACACAGCCAAUUACCCAACCCACUCAUUAGGACUCUACUAUCAACUAUCACUAAUGAUGCCCCAACACCAGGAGUGUGAAGACUAGCACACGCCUCCUCCGAUACAUGUGAGGUCAACCACUAGCCACUAGCAUCACAGCACGCUCGGAGGAAAAGUGCAGCGACUCGGUUCCGAUACAUCAGCUCACAGACGCAGCCUUGUGCUGAUCAUCAUCACCCUUUGCAUGUGCAGAGAGAGAGCCAUCUACCUACCAAGAGAGAGCAAUGCCAAUUGUGCUCUCUCAGGGCUCUGGUUGCUGAUGGCAAGCUACAUAAACAGGAUUCGAACCGGCGAUCUCCUGAUCAUAGUGGCACUGUUUAGACUGCUGGACCACUCUGAGCCUUAUGGUUCCCUUUUUUUUAUUGUUUUUUUUUAGCAGUUCUGUUUUUUUUUUUUUAAAGUGGUUCCAUUGUAAACAGAAGUUGUGUUUUCAACAAAUCUGAUUUCAGCUCAUUUGUUUUAAACAGUGUUUCCAUUUUCAUUGGUCCGUUUGUUAAAUAACACAGAAUACGAGACUAUAUAAAUUACUAAACUAUAUAUAUACACGGUUCACCCUCAAGUGAACUGAGAUUAUAUUAAGCACUGUUGAUUCCUUUCCACAGUAUGUAAGUAUCUCUGUAUAAGGCAUUACUGUUACGUUUCAUACGCACUCAGAAAACUAAAUACUGUAUAGAGGAAGAUCAUAAUCUCCACAGCUGACAAUCAACCGGUGUAGUUAUAUUAGUUAUAUAUUAGAAUGUCGUUCUGUGUGUGUCAUUUGUAUCAUUUCACGGUUCAUAUACAAGAAAGCUGCAGUAUUUCUUUAAAAAAGACUGAUGAUUGCUAUAAUCAGAGGUGGGUGGAGAAGCGUAUAAGGCUGCACAAUAUAUAUAGUUUUAGUAUUAUGCACAAUAGCCACACAUUACAGGAUGUGCAGUUUAACAUGGGCAAGUCAUUUCAUACAUGUCAUUUUAUUUAACUUUUUUUUUGCUGCUUGAUAAAAAAAGAAAAAUCUGCACUGUUCUUGUUUUCAGUAACACAUCUAUCAGAGGCGAAAUAUAUCUGCCUGAUAUCAUUCAUUUUACUACAGUCUCGGAUAUCAGAGUGCAUUAUUAUUAUUAUUAUUAUUAUCAUGGGAUGUUGCAUCACUGAUUCUGAUGAAAUCUGGUUGUUUCUGUCUUUUUUUUGUUUUUUUAAAUAUAUCAAUCUACAGCUCUGGAAAAAUUAAGAGACCACUUCAGUUUCUGAAUCAGUUUCUCUGAUUUUGCUAUUUAUAUAUGAUUAGAUAUAUGUUUGAGUAAAAUGAACAUUGUUGUUUUACUCUAUACGGAGAAAAUUUCUUCCAAAUUUCAAAUUAAAAUACUGUCAUUUAGAGCAUUUAUUUGCAGAAAAUGGGAAACGGCUGAAAUAACAAAAAAAGAUGCAGAGCUUUCAGACUUCAAAUAAUGCAAAGAAAACAUGUUCAAAAUCAUAAAGUUUUCUGAAAAGAAGUUUAGAAAUCAAUAUUUGGUGGAAUUCAUGCAUCUUGGCAUGUUCUCCUCCACCAGUCUUACACACUGCUUUUGGAUAACUUUAUGCCACUCCUGGUGCAAAAAUGUAAGCAGUUCAGCUUGGUUUGAUGGCUUGUGAUCAUCCAUCUUCCUCUUGAUUAUAUUCCAAUGGUUUUGAAUUUGGGAAAGUUAUGUCAUCUAGUCUCAUUUUUUCAGAGCUGUAUAUGCUGCAGAACAACAAAAUAUUGAUAUUAUAUAUAUAUAUAUAUAUAUAACGUUUUUCAGCUAAUAAUACAUCCUCUGUAGAAACGUUUCAGACAUUCUGUUAUAUGAAUGAAUGAAUUUGGAUAUCAGUUUUAUAGUUUUACAGCAACAUUUUGGACUCAAAUUGUCAGUUUUUUUAAAAUAGAGAAGUAGUGAACACAGCCUCGGUAGCUAUUCAUACACAAACAUAAUAUAUUCUCAGCAAGUGUUAAUGUACCAGUAUAUUUACUGUCUUUUUAACAUUAAAAAUCUAAAUAAAUAGUGUGGCAUGUGCCACAAGGUCUCAGACCUUGAUUAGCAAAUAUAUAGCUAUAAUCUGAAACUGUCAUCUAAUUUCAAUUUCCAAGCUUUAUAAAUUCUGUCUUUUUAAAAAUUGUUUCAGUACUCAGGAAACAUGAGCUCCUCCAAGCAACUGUCUAAAGAUCCUAAAAUCAAAGUGACCACAAGACCACAUGACCACAAGAACAAGGAUGCAAGCAUUUUCUGUUUGUGUUUUUUACAGUGCACAAUGUUAUUGGCAAUUCAGGGGAACUGUGGAAGUCAAUAAGACAUGUAAAAGAUCAAGAACCCCAGAAAAUAUCAUCAUUACAGCUUACAACUUUUAAAGCAAUAUCAAGAACAUCCUUAGGGCAUAUUAAAUACUAGUAAAAAUGUAAUAUUCAUCAGAAUUGUGCACCAUUAACUCAUUAAGUCCACCCACCAGUACCUCCACCUCUGACUAUAGCUCAUCUUAUUGGACAGACAGGUAGAUGGAAGCCGACAUGCACGAGUCAAUGCGGCCCACAGUGAGGAACAGCAGCACGUCAGAGAGAGAGUUCGAGGAGGAGGGCUUAAUCUAUGGGAAUGGGAGUGGCUUAUCAGAGUGGGCGGAGCAGAGAUAGAAAGGGGAGGGGCACAGCAAUCCAUGCUGUGCAUAAACCAGGCAGAGAAGGAUUUUAAUGUACCGUAAGUGUCUUAUUGGAAGUCUAAAGUUGGUGCUUUUUUUGUCUUUUAGAAAGAAAAGGGUCAAUUAAAAUCACGACACGACGAGGCGGGAGCUACAUUUAGUCCUUCAGCCAAAAUUUUACCUCCCAGUCAGACUUUCACAGUCCAGCUUUCUCACAUAAUGAAACAUUUUAUCCCAAUAUAAUCAAACUACCGAUAAAAGACAAGCAGGGGAUGAUUCUCCGCCCACAACUAGCCUACUAUUUUUAUUUUAUUUUUUUCAUUUUAUUCAGUUAAAAUAAACAAUGACGAUAAAAGCAAGAAGAAACUAGCCAAAGCCUCCACAUAACUAAAGCCCUUAGCUGAGCACUCUUGUAUUUAUAAGCUUUACUCAGACUUUGCAUUUUUAAACAUGUCGCUUCUUCGCGUGUAUCAACAAGCUAUUUUUGCUUUUUUUUGAAAGAGAUAGAAAGACAACGUGUCCGGACAGCUUUAAUAUAUUGUAUUCUGUAUUUUCUCGUUCGUCUUUGUAUGUAGUAAUAUAUUCUCACACGCAGCUGACAUGGAAAGUGGAAAAAAAAAGACUUUGUGGAAGGAGACAUUUAUAUGAAAUGGAUUUUUUUUUUUUUAAAUACUAUAUACUAUUUUUUCAAUGUAAGCACAAAUCAAGAAUAUAAUAAAGAAAUGUAAAGUUGUGGUACCAAAA